AGAGCUCAAUUGACCCCAACAAAGCUCCCACUUUUGUCAUUUCAGUCCCAACCAGAGUCCACGGUCACGUCGAUGACCACCACCAUGUCCUCCGCCACGGCCACCACCACCACCCUCCUACUCCUCCUAACCCUAAUCGCCACCUCCACCUCCACCUCAGCCCCAAUUCUCGGCCUCGACACCUUCCUCACCCACCAGUCCCGCUACGACCGGCAAGCCUCCAACGACUCCUUCCAGUCUCUCUCCUCCACUCUCCGCCACUCCCUUUCUCUCUCCUCGCCGUCUCUCUCCCACUCUCUCUCCUCCAUCCUCUCCCUCACCAUCCCUCUCUCUCUCCACGUCCGCCUCGUCGGCCCUUCCUUCCCUUCCUCCUCCGCCACUCUCCUCUCCUCCUUCCUCUCCGCCUCCCAGACCUCCGAUCACUUCCACGUCAUCACCCCCGCCGACGCCGCGGACUCUCACCGCUUGGCCGUCAAGCACUCCCUCCACCUCGACGUCAGUCACUCCCCCUCCCUCGCCUCUCAGCUCUCCAAAACCCUAGCCUCCGAGCUCGCCAAUACCCCCGCCAGUCUCCGAUCGCCGCUCGUCUCCGUCGCCUACGAUUCAAUCGACCGGAUCAUCAAGCAGGACUUCGACAAAGAGAAGCCGGUCCACGGCGUUUACCUCUAUUUCUUGGAUUUGGGGCCCCAAUCCAAGAGCUAUGCUUACAGCUAUGGAUCUGGUGACUCCUCUCCUGGCUUCACCAAGUGCUUGGGCAGCGUUUGGACCGGGUCGGACCGCUACAUUUGGAUCGAUUUGGGCGCCGGACCGGUCGACUACGGCCCGGCGCUUUCCGGCGACGGUGUCUUGCCGAAAGGCGAGUUUCAUCCUCUGGCGGCGUUGCACGGCUCGCCCAAAGCUCAGAAGGCUUUGCUGGCGGACUUGGCUUCCUUGGUUUGGAGUGCUUACCAGGUUCUUCUUGUUCCCUCUUUGAGAAUUCCUGUUCAGUAUGAGAAUUCUUUGAUUGUUCAGUUUAUACAUGUUUAUGGAGGUGAGAGUGGUAAGGAUUCGAGUGGUUUGGAUUGGAAAUCGAUUGAGAGGACCUUUAUGGAUGAGGCUAAGGAUAAUGGCUUGUUGUUAGGGGAUCAGUCUUUGAGAUUCAAGAAUUAUAAGGUGAAGUAUUCGGAGUGCCCGAUAUGUUCAUUUGCUAUUGCCAGGUCGAUUAAUUCAUAUACGUCGAGGUUCUUGUUUGAUAACUAUACGUUGAUUGCAAGUGAGUAUUUGGAUUCGAAGAGAUUGCAUCAGAUAUUGUCAGACUCUGCUGAUGAGUUUAGGAGAGUGGCAGGGUUUCCUGAGGAGGAUUUUGGCAGGGUGCUUCCUGUGUAUGUGUUUGAUUUGGACUACCACAUGCUGUUGCUGCUCGAUAGGUAUCACCAAACUGUUGCUUUUAGAGAUAUGGUGAUUGCAGUGAGGACCAGGAACACACAGACUGUGAGUGAUUAUAGCUGCAAUGGCCGCCAUGUGUUUACACAGACGAGGGAGCUUGAGAGACCACUUGUUGGUUCGAUUUUACAGAGUAUGUGGGGAGUGUCGCCGACUCAUAUGUUGUGGAGCCCUAGGCACAAUACUACGUUGGUGGAUUACACGUGGAGUGUUGGGCAGACUCCAUUUGGGCCGUUCUCGGAGAUUUCAUCACUAUCAUUCGUACAGAAGGAUGCUGCUCGGAGAAAUGUUCUUUUGACAUCACUGAAUUACAGCAUAUCAAGUGCUGUAGAUGUUCUUGAAUCCAUAGCUGCACAUGGUGGGGAGAGAAAGCUCCUGAAACGUAAUCGACAUGUUGAGUUCGUACAAAGGUGGAAUUUCUUCAAGUACAAGCUGGACAAAGCAGUUGCUGCAAUGUCACAUUUAGACUUUGAGAUGGCUUUAUACUAUAUGAGGUCCUCAGAUCAUGAUCUAUAUGCUAUCCACUCUAUUGUGUAUCAUGCCUCCCAGGAAUUGGAGGCAUCCCUUGUAUGUUUCAAGGAUCCACCAUUUCCGUGGUCUUUUGUGUUUAUGGUUGCAGUGCUUCUCCUUCUUGGCUAUUAUAUUAGUUCUAGAAAACACAAACUAUUCAGAAGUAAGAGUAAGCAAUUUUGAAGCUCUUUAGAGGAAAUAGAGGAAAUGAGGUUUGUAUCUUUUGAAUGCAAUACAACACAUGUACUUCUGUAAGGAACUUCAUCAGAUCAGGAACUAGUAUUUAGUUGCUUGAAACUUCACUGUAUUUUGUAUUGUUCUUUGUCCCUUUAUUUCUUAAGUUCAUGACAUCUGCCAAUUGCAAACUGUGAUUUCAACACUUGCAGAAUAACCACUGAUGGUAUGUAGUUUGGAGAACUUCUGUGGUG